AUGUCAAAGCAACCCGGCACAACCUACACCGCGGUAUGUCAAGCAACCCGGCACAACCUACACCGUCGGGAUGUCAAGCAACCCGGCACAACCUACACCGUCGGGUGUCACAUCAACCCGGAACAACCUACACCAUCGGGAGUCACAGCAACCCGGCACAACCUACACCGUGGGGUGUCAAAGCAACCCGGCACAACCUAUACCGUCGGGUGUCACAUCAGCCCGGAACAACCUACAACGCGGGAUGUCAAGCAACCCGGCACAACCUACACCGUCGGGUGUCACAUCAACCAUGACCAACCUACACCGUCGGGCGUAACAGCAACCGACACAACAUACACUACCAGGUGUCCUAGCAACCCGGCAUUACCUACACCGAGGGGUGUCACAGCAGCCCGGCACAACAUUAACCCAACCUGGCACUACCUACACCGCGGGGGUCACAGCAACCCUGCACAACCUACACCGUCGGGUGCCAAAGUAACCCUGCACAACCUACACCGUCGGGUUACACAGCAGUCUUGCACAACCUACACCGUCGGGUUUUACAGCAGUCUUGCACAACCUACACCGUCGGGUUUUACAGCAGUCUUGCACAACCUACACCGUCGAGUUUUACAGCAGUCUUGCACAACCUACACCGUCGGGUUUUACAGCAGUCUUGCACAACAUACAUCGUCGGGUGCCACAACGACUCGGCACAACCUUCACCGUGGGAUGUCAGAACAACCCGGCACAACCUACACCGGCGGGUAUCACAGCAACCUGGCACUACCUACACCGCGGGGUGUCAAAGCAAGCCGUGAAAACCUACAUCGCGCGGUAACACAGCAACCUGGCACUACCUACACCACGGGGAUCACAGCAACCCGGCACAACCUACACCGGCGGGUAUCACAGCAGCCUGGUAUAAUCUACACCGCGAUGUGUCACAGCAACCCGACACAACAUACACCGCGAAGUGUCACACAGCAACCCGACACAACCUACACCGAGGGGUGUCACAGCAAACCGGCACAGCCUACACAGCGAUGUGUCACAGCAACCCGACACAACCUACACAGCGAUGUGUCACAGCAACCCGACACAACCUACACAGCGAUGUGUCACAGCAACCCGACACAACCUUCACCGCGAGUUGCCACAGCAACCCGGCACAACCUACACCGGGGGUGUCGCAGCAACCCUGCACAGCCUGAAUAUAAUAAAACAUGA